CAUUUGUAAAUUCGAAGUUGUCCAAUUAAAUGUAUUUAAAGGCGGGAUUUAAGCUGCCAUCAUCAGGAAGGGGCAUGUGAUGGGGGCGAUAUUGGAAAGAAAAAAACGGUUUGACAGCUCAGACAGCUAACCAGUAAGCAGAGGGAGAGCUUCCUGCAUUUAGUUUUGUUAUUUGGGUUGUUGGCCUGUUCUUGCCCUUCUGCCGAUUUCAGUCCCAUCAUGACAUCCACCAUAGACGAAAGUAAUAAAGAAAAGAUGCGCUCUGUGUCUGUGGAUCUAAACCAUGAUGCCUCUCUUCUCAUUGACAUUCCUGAUGCACUCUGUGAAAGGGACAAAGUCAAGUUUACUGUCCAUACAAAGACCACACUUAGCUCUUUCCAGAAGCCAGACUUCUCCGUUCCCAGGCAACAUGAAGAUUUCAUCUGGCUACAUGACACUCUGGUUGAAACAGAGGACUAUGCUGGCCUAAUAAUUCCUCCAGCGCCCCCAAAGCCUGACUUUGAGAGCCCAAGAGAGAAGAUGCACAAACUGGGGGAAGGUGAAGCCACUAUGACCAAGGAGGAGUACACUAAAAUGAAGCAAGAGCUGGAGGCUGAGUACCUGGCUGUGUUCAAGAAAACUGUCCAAGUGCAUGAAGUCUUCCUGCAGAGAUUGUCCUCUCACCCCAAUUUAAGCAAAGACAGAAACUUCCAGAUUUUCUUAGAGUAUGACCAGGAUCUCACCGUGAGAAGAAAGAAUGCCAAGGAAAUGUUUGGAGGAUUCUUUAAAAACAUGGUGAAGUCCGCUGAUGAGGUCCUUAUCUCAGGAAUAAAGGAAGUGGAUGACUUUUUUGAGCAGGAGAAGACAUUCUUGCUUGACUACUACAGCAAGAUAAAAGAUUCCACUGCCAAAGCAGAGAAAAUGACUCGCUCACACAAAAAUAUUGCGGAUGAUUACAUUCACAUCUCUGCCACUCUGAACAGCCUCUCUGCUGAUGAUAGCACAGCAAAUAAAAAGCAUCUGGAGAAGUUGUCUGACCUGUUUGAGAAGCUCAGAAAAGUGGAGGGAAGAGUAGCAUCUGACCAGGAGCUGAAACUCACAGAGCUGCUAAGAUAUUACAUGAGAGACAUUCAGGCCGCCAAGGACCUUCUGUACAGGCGAGCCCGGGCUUUAGUUGACUACGAGAACUCUAACAAGGCUUUGGAUAAGGCUCGUCUGAAGAGCAAGGACAUCCCCCAGGCAGAGGAGCACCAGCAGCAGUGCCUGCAGAAAUUUGACAAGCUCUCAGAGUCUGGGAAGAAAGAACUCACCAGUUUCAAGGGCAGGCGUGUUGUGGCCUUCAGGAAGAACCUCAUAGAGAUGGCUGAGCUGGAGAUAAAACAUGCCAAGAACAAUGUGACUCUAUUGCAGGGAUGUAUUGACCUGCUCAAGAGCAUCUGACAAGUAUUCAAGUAUUUCUGUUUUACAAUCACCAAGUGACCCGUCAUAGAAAAAAAUGGAAACCUGGCUUCCCUGGGACCUUGCAUGAACAUGAAUCCAAGCCCUAUCUCUGCUCCCAUGGGUCUGCUGCCACUUUGAAACCCUGCACGAGACCAAGUGUCUUGUAAGCAGAAUGUCUUCAUGUUUACAGAGUCCCCUGUCCUCUGGUCCGUGGUCCAUCCUUUUCCAUUAUUUGCAGCACCAAUAGAGGUGAUUAUCUUUUAUUUUCCUAAUUUCUUGUUUUCUCAAUUUUUACAUUAUGCACAUAGUACAAAUCUUGCCUUUAUGAUCCUAUUUUUGCCUCCCAACAAAUUCUGGCUGUAAGUUCUUCUCUCAUGUACACUUUAAAUACCUUUUUAUUAUGUUUUUUUUUUUUUUUCUUUUUCUCAUAACCUAAUCUUUAUGAUUCAAAUACUUAUUCUGUUGGGGCUUUUUUGUUUGCUAAUGGAACAGUUUUACAGAAGCAAAACUUGUGCCUGAAAAAAAACAUUCUCAUGCUCUGCAUUCCUGGCAUUAGAGUUCUACCAAACAACCUUUAGUAAGGAAAACUUAUGACUGACUUGUAAGACAAGACAGAUCAUCUGCUAGUGUUCUAAAGUAGCUGCACUUCACCUCAGAUGUUGACAGUUGGAUCGGUCCCCACAUUUUUCUUUGUAAGAAGUGACCUCAGAUCCCACAGUUAUCAAAGAUGCACAUCAGUUACACAAGAUUUAAUGAAGAGAUUGGUGAGGAGAAUAAAUCAAACCGUAAGCUAUUUGAGCAACUGGCAUUUUGUCUGCAUUUUCCUUUUAUUUGCAAUAUCCCUGCACUACAUGUAUGAUGUUCUCAACAGCUUCUUCCCCCUAACCAACUUUGCCUAUUCACUUUUCAGUGUGUCAGUGUUGUUGUGUUUCCUUAUUUUGCCCUAAAUUCCUCUUUGCAAUUGAUGGUCUAUGUAUCAGACCUGAUAUAUUUACCAGAGCCUCUAAACAUUUUGUUUAUUAAAAGAUGCACUAAGAAUAUGGAAAAUAAUUUACAAUCAUGACCAGGCUCAGUGGAGUGUUAAAAUGCAUUAUAGUUUUUUAAGAAAUUGAAUGUAUUUCUAAUGGAUUCCACCUGUGUGAAUUCCUUUACGUUAUGCUUUUCUUACAGAACAUUAGCAUUUUUUAUAAAUUUGUAAUAAUGGCAUUGAAUAAAUCCUACUUUCCCAUGA